AUGCGAGAGCCGCUCCUCCGGGUGUUGCUGUGGCUUGUUGGUCUCUCUGCCCUGCUGGGGAAUGUCGUCGUCAUCGUCUACAGAGCCGUGUGGGACAGAGGCUUCCUCCAGAAAGGAUACGCCUUGUUUGUUUUCAACCUCAUACCAGGUGUGGCUGAUCUACUGAUGGGUGCCUACCUGAUGAUCGUGGCGGUGGCCGACGUGCUGUUCCGGGGCACGUACGUGUGGCAUGAGAGGUCCUGGAGGAUGAGCGACACCUGUAAGGUGGCUGGCUUUCUCUCAACAUGGUCCAGCGAGUCCUCGGCCAUCUUUGUCUUUCUCAUCACUGUGGAUCGGUUUCUGGUGAUCAAGUUCCCCUUCGGACAAGUUCGGCUGUCACCGGUCGGCGCUCGCGUCUUGUGCUGUUUCUCGUGGGUAGGUCUGUGUGUUCGCUUCUUUGUUGAUAACUCCCGUUGUGGCCCUCGUUCAGCACUGGACAGUAUUGUCUACCAUCGGCUAAUCGGCCUUUCCAUCGCUGUGCUGCCGCUGCUGCCCCCAUUCCAGCACUGGACUGUUUUCUCCACUAGCGGAAUGUGUGUUGGGUUGCCCCUGACAACAGAACGGAAGCCUGGGUGGGAGUACUCGGUCACCGUGUUUGUGGGACUCAACUUUGUCCUCUUCCUCCUGAUCGCCAUUGGACAGAUUCUAAUAUACAGACAGUUUCGACUGUACUUGUGUAUUAUUCGCCUAGGUCUGCUGGCGCUGAAUGGCCACGAAGUCUCCAAGGACACUUACGCUUGGUCCGCAGUUCUGGUGGUACCCAUCAACUCGGCCUUGAACCCUGUCCUUUACACAGUGCCUGUUAUCAGGAAGAAAUGGGAUGAAAUCAAGCAAAACUACUUCAAAACUGGCACAGCCUUUUCAAAAACAGGCGCCGUGGGAGACAUGCUUGCCCCUCCCCUCUCCCCUCGGAGAUGCUUGGGCUGUAUUCACGAGAUCCACUUGGUGGAGAUGACUCCGCGGGGCCUCCGCGGGACUCCGGAGCUGGCCUCUUGGGGCCUCUGGUCAAAGAACGGGGCAAGAGAAGUAGCCCCAGAUUUCUUUGGCGACAAUGGAUAG